AUGCUCUUUAUUUCUGCCCCACCCUUUUUAGUCAUCAUUAAUAUUGAAUCCUCGGGAAAGUGGCCAAGAGACAACCUGGAGGCCUUUUUGCACAUGAAGAGGUUGUUUCUUCUUCGGGUGAAUGAACUGCUCUGCCCCAAAGGCAUUCCCUCGCGUGUAGUCGACAACGGCAUGCUCGACAUUUUCCUGGGUGGCCUGGUCCUACGCGUCUCCUUUUACCAACCACUGGAGCUUCUGCUGUUGAAGCGUGCCGCAGGCCUUCUCCCCAAAUCGAAGCAGACCCGUAGUAAACAGCAGCAGUCCCUCGCAGUAGCGCCAGACACUGACGCGACCACUCUACGCACACCGGUUGACCUUCAGCGUUGGCUGCUCUUCAAUGAGAGGUUACCAGCGGUCACUAGCCAACUUAACACUAUCUCGCGAGUCCACCUAAACACCUUCCCCGAGGCCUGUCGCCUGGCCAAGCGCUGGCUGUCCGGCCAUGGUCUGCCGGUAGUACGGUGUCCGGAGCUGGGCACUGAGCCCCGUGGCUUGCCCGCCAGUCGACCACCGUCCCUCCUCGGUGACAGCGACUUCUCCGCAGACUUUCGUCUCUCUGAGAUCGCGGUGGAGUUGAUGAUUGUGUAUGCAGGCUUCUUUACCAAGCCCGUCAGCGGUACACUCGCCGAGAGCCCUUUCGUAGUGGAGGAAAGCGAAGCGGCCCUCGCCUCGGCCUCCCCGCUGGCGACUUUUCUGCGUUUUCUUCGGCUCCUUUCGACUUUCGACUGGGCGAAGGGACCCCUUGUCGUCGAUUUGAAUGACGGUUUUAUCGAAGGUAUUGACGUGACAUUUAGUAGUUUCGUAUUAAUCACUGUCUGUACAGGCGUUUGUCUCCUUCUUCGCCAGAUGCCUGCACUGUUCACGGUUUUUGUUGUUUUUCUUGAUGUGGUAUUCGUAAUCUGCUGA